GCAGUCAUUUCCCCACCCUCCUUCCCACCUGCACCUCCCCAGGCACCGAUCUGGGACCCACUGAGAGCAGCAAAUCACGGAGCCCGUCAGUCCAGGCACUGGCUGCCCCCCGGAGCCGCGGAGCGGGAGAAUGUGGGUGCCAGGAGCCAGCCAGAUGCCCCCUUCCACCAAGCUCUGCAUUGAAAUCAUCCUCGCACUGCUCUGCCAGGCACCUCCCCAGGCAGCGAUCUGGGACCCACUGAGAGCAGCAAAUCACGGAGCCCGUCAGUCCAGGCGCUGGCUGCCUCCCGGAGCCGCGGAGCGGGAGGAUGUGGGUGCCCGGAGCCAGCCAGAUGCCCCCUUCCACCAAGCUCUGCAUUGAAAUCAUCCUCGCACUGCUCUGCCAGGGUGGGCUCUGCCAGGCGCCCGACUAUCGGAUCCAGGUCCUGUCCCGCGUCACGGCCCAGCAGGGUCUCUGCGUCCUGCUCCCCUGUAAUUUCACAGCCAAUUUCGAGUCCUCCGGGGUCCCCUACAAAUACUGGUUUCUCAAGGGCGACGACAGGGACACCAGCCCGGCCGUGGCCACCACAGACCCUGACAGGGCCCUGCGGGCGCCUGGGGGCCGGAUCCGCCUGGUGGGGGACGCCCCAAACGACUGCUCCCUGCACAUCAGCGACGUGAGAGCCGGAGACAGGGACCGCUACUUCUUCCGCUUUGUGAAGGGAAACUUUAAAUACAGCUACCGGGUGACCCAGCCGCUGGUGGAUGUGACAGAGCUGAAGGAGCAGCCGGUGCUGGAGGUCCCCGAGGUGCUGCUGUCCGGACAGCUGGUGAAUGUGACCUGCCAGGCUCCGGGGACCUGUUCAGGGACCCCUCCCCAAAUCACCUGGACAGGGGGGUUCGACUACACAGCCAGGAACGUCUCGGUCGCCCUGGCGAAUGGCAGCGUCUCCUACAGCUCCGUGCUCAGCUUCACGCCGGCCCCAGGGGAUGACGGCAAAGAGCUCGUCUGCACCGUCACGUACCCCGCCGUGGUCGGGGUCUUCACCCGCAGAGCCGUCCGGCUCCACGUCGGCUACCCGCCGGAGCUGCUGCCACGGGGGAACUGCACGGUGCGGGGCCGCGGGCCCGGGGGAGCCGCCACGUGUCACUGCGCGGCCGAGGGGAACCCCCCGCCCCGGCUCGAGUGGCGUUUGCCCAACCGCACCCUCCCUGGGGACUUCGAGGGCCCCGAGCUGCGAGCGACCUCGUGGGCGCGGGGCCCGGCCGUGAGUGGGGAGCUGCGGGGCCCGGCCUGGGCCCUGGCCAACGUGUCCUGUGCUGCCACCAACGCCCACGGGCAGAGCCAGGCCGCGCUGCCCGUGGUGCCCGCAGCCGGCUUCCCCCUGACGCUCGUGGUGGCCUUGGUGGCUGGUGGGAGCCUCGUGCUGGUUGGUGCCGGGGCUGCAGUGGCCUGGAGAGUCAGGAAGGGAAGACAGGGCAGCAGGGAUCCCGCCAGGGCCGGACGGUGCCAAGGGACCAGAGACGGGCAGGUCAGUUACUCUUCCAAGCAGCUAGAGUCCACGGUGCCUUCCCACAGACAGGAUGCCACCAGGGAAGGGGGAGCCCUUGAGAAGAAAGCGGGAGGAGGAGGAGGAGGAGGAGGAGGAGGAGGAAGAUGCUACCAGGGGAGAGGUGACGGGGAUCAAUUUCCAGAGGAAAAUAUCUACGCCAACGCCUAAGGCCAGGGAGGGGGACAGGGUCACUGCAGGGCUCGACCUAGAGAGAGACUGGUGGCAGCGGUGGGAUAGCCGGCCUGCCUUGUGGCUAAGGUGCUAGCCUGGGUCACCGGACACCUGGGUCCUAUUCCCAGCUCUGCUACGGAAUGCCUGUGUGACUCUGGGCAAGUCCCUCCCCCCCCCGCCCCGUGCCUCAGUUUCUCAACUGUAACACGGGGAGUAUAUCACUGCAUUUGGCUACUUACGCCGUGAGCUUGUUGGAGAUGGUCUCUCGCUGUGUGUGGGCAGCACCUGGCACAACUAGGGCCUGUCUCUGGCUGUGUCUGGGCCGCGUCCCCCUCCCACCCUCCACCCCCCAUCUCAGCUGGGGGCCACUCUGCUAAUACACCCGUGAGGCAGCUACUGCUCCAGACAGAGUUACGCCGAGCAGGUCGGCCUGUGUUAACCCUUUCACUGCUGCAGCUAAAUAAAAGCCAUUCCCAGCUCC